AUGCGCCCGGCGGCCGCCCCGCCGCCGCCGCCGCCCCUGGCGCGCGUGGCCCCCGCGCUCUUCCUCGGGAGCGCGCGGGCCGCGGCCGCCACGGAGCAGCUGCAGCGCGAGGGCAUCUCGCUGUGCGUCAACGUCUCCCGCCAGCAGCCCGGGCCGCGCGCGCCCGGCGUGGCCGAGCUGCGCGUGCCCGUGUUCGACGACCCCGCGGAGGACCUGCUGGCGCACCUGGAGCCCACCUGCGCCGCCAUGGAGGCCGCGGUGCGCGCCGGCGGCGCCUGCCUGGUCUACUGCAAGAACGGCCGCAGCCGCUCGGCCGCCGUGUGCACGGCCUACCUCAUGCGGCACCGCGGCCUCAGCCUGGAGCGCGCCUUCCAGAUGGUCAGGAGCGCCCGCCCGGUAGCAGAACCCAACCCGGGCUUCUGGUCUCAGCUUCAGAAGUACGAGCAGACCCUGCAGGCCCGGUCCUGCGCGACCGGCGAGGCUCUGGCGACGACGUCCCUACCCCCGGAGGGGGCCGCCGGCGUGCAGCCCCAAGGGUCUCCCGACCCAGCGCAGUCGCCGCAGACCCGCACGCCUCCCUCCCCACCGGCGCACUGAGCCUUCGGGCCCGGUGAAGCGACCAGGGUUGGGGUAGAUCCUCGUCCGCCCCAGCAGACUUUGGCCAGGAAAACCCAAGCUGCUGGAGAGGUUCGAGGCGGACAGAAAUUCCGUGCGGGGAGAUGGAAGCUGAGGGCGGGGGCCAGCCAGUGGGUGGCUUCUCCUGCGUCCCCCAGGCACACAGGGUCCCCAUCCCAGAGCUGAACACUGACCCCUGCAGUGGUUGGGGCUCUGGUGUUGAGGCAGAGCCUCCUCCAUGGGUAAGGGGACCCCCGGUCCAGCCUGCCCCCCAACGCCUUACCUAGCCUCCAGAUUGUACCAGCAUGGUGCCCCCACCUGCCCUUACCCGGCCUCCCCCCGUGGACAUCCCAUGCCCUAGAGACUUCUGGAAGAUCCUCUGCUGUCAACAUCCAGCAGCUCAGAGAGGGGAAGAGGAAAAGGGAAAUUCAGAAGUAGUUGUCUGAUCACAGGCAGUGGAGACACGGGUUAACACAGAUACGGGGCCGGCAACGUGGCUGGCCGUGGCUGGUGGGUAAAGUCACUGCCUGUGGAUGCUGGCCUGGUCCCACCUGUUCCAUGUCUGAUCCAGCUCCCUGCUGUAGUCUGGGAAAGCAGUGGAAGAUGGCUCAAGUGUUUGGGCCCCUGCACCCACGUGGGAGACCCGGAAGAAGCUCCUGGCUCCUGGCUUCGGAUUGGCACAGCUCCAGCCAUUGUGGCCAUCUGGGGAGUGAACCAGCGGAUGGAAGACCUCUCUACCUCUGUAACUCUGCCUUUCAGAUAACUAAGUAAAUACAUACACGUAACCUG